AUGAAGUUCAGCAUUCUCGCCCUUUUGGUGCUCCCAUCCAUUGGAUGUCAAGCAUUCCAACCCAAUGUCAUCUCCACGAAAUCGUUGCGCCAUGGUAAUCCUCGUCGAUUCACCAUCUCUCUGCGAGAAGCAACCCUUGAAGAACCAACAACGUCAACAGGAGCAGAAACAACAGAAAAGUCACUGACUCAACGAAUCAUGGAGAAAACCAAUGAUUCCCAAUCCAGUGGUGCUGGAGGUUCCUCAACAUGGGAUGCCUUUUUGAGGGCCGAAACAAACUGGGCUCGACUAAAGGACAUGGAAGCCUUUGACUAUGACGAAAAAUUGUUGGGCAAACGACAAGACAGCUUUAUUACAGAUGAUGCAGCCCAAGGCAGCCCCCGGGCAUGGGCCACCUUGAGAGAAAUUGCCGAAGGAAAGAAGGAAUUAGACUAUGAUGUGGUAGUGUGCGGUGGUACAUUGGGCAUCUUUUUUGCCACUUCUCUCUUGUUGAGAAACCCGAAUUUGAAAAUUGCCAUUGUCGAAGCUGGCAAGCUGCAAGGCCGCGCACAAGAGUGGAACAUUAGUCGGAGCGAAAUGAAAGAAUUGGUCGAGUUGGGAGUCUUGACUGAAGAAGAUGUCAAGGCAGUUAUUACCACGGAGUUCCCUGGUUGUCGAUCGGGCUUUAAGAACCAAGAAGUAACACCCUUGGAAGGUGGAUAUUUUGAAAAUGAUGUUGGCUAUGAAAUGUUCACUCCUGACGUCCUAAAUCUUGGAGUGGCUCCUCAAAUAUUGUUGGAACGAGUCACCCAGCGAUUCCGUGACAUUGGUGGAACUGUCCUCGAACAGACUCGUUUGCAAGGCAUUUGCGUGUCCGAAACCAUUGGAGGAGCUUUGGACAUUGGAGAAGAUUCGGAUGUCGUGACCUCUCGUCUUGUUCUCGAUUGCAUGGGUAACGCAAGCCCAAUUUCUAGACAACAACGAAUUGGUAUGAAACCAGACGGCGUCUGCGCCGUCGUAGGAUCCUGUGCUUCUGGGUUUGACCCCAAUACAAACCUGGUUGGAGAUAUCAUUUACACCAACACCGAAAUCAUGGAUGUUGGAGGAGCCAGCAUGAACCAGUACUUUUGGGAGGCUUUCCCUGUUGGCAUUGGAGCCGAAGGAGGUAUGAAGCCUGGAGAAAGUGAUGUCAAGACAACCUACAUGUUCACAUACAUGGACGCUGAGAAGGAAAGACCAUCUUUGUCGGCAUUGAUGGAUGAUUACUGGAAACUGCUCCCUAUCUAUCAGAAUUCCAUCACGGAUCCCGAGAAGGAUUUAGAUUUCCGACGAGUUUUGUUUGCCUUCUUCCCCACCUACCGUGACUCGCCCUUGAAACCAAAGUGGUCCCGAGUCUUGGCGGUGGGUGAUGCUAGUGGUAUCCAAUCUCCUUUGAGCUUUGGCGGGUUUGGCGCACUGACACGGCACCUCGAACGAAUCACGGAUGCCCUUUCCGAUGCUUUGGAAGACGACUUGUUGCACAAGGACGAUUUGGGCAAAAUCAAUGCUUACACUCCGAAUCUCAGCGCAGCAUGGAUGUUCCAAAAGGCAAUGUCAGUCAAGACAGGACAAAGAGUAAACCCAAAGUUUGUGAAUCGGCUACUAGCUGUCAACUUUGAAGUCAUGGAGAACAUGGGAGAAAGAACGAUCAAGCCAUUCUUGCAGGAUGUUGUACGACUAGAUGGUUUGGUUGGCAGCCUUGCCAGAAGUUUCGUUGCAGACCCACUCUUCAUGCCUGAGAUUGUAGCUCACGUUGGCCUUCCCCGAUUGGUGGACUGGCUUGGACAUGUGAGUAUGAUUGCAUUAUAUACACUAUUGGACAAUGCUGCAAGUCCACUUCUGGGUCCCAUUGCCGAGCAAACCACGGAUCCCCGAAAACGAUUUGAGUUGAAGCGGCAGAUGGAGGCUUGGAAAUUUGGUAGCGGAGGGGAUUACAAGUUCUAA